AUGUCUUAUCCUACAGGAACCGCAUCGGUGCCCUAUCCUACGACCACUGUCACUGUUGGCGAAGCAGGAAAGCUUGUCUUCUCACCAUCGUCCCUGAAUGCUACCAUUGGCUCUGUCAUUGCUUUCAACUUCCUUGGGCUUAACCAUACCUUGACCCAGAGUGAACUCUGGGAUCCAUGCCGAAGUAACCAAUUAUUUGACUCUGGGUUUCACCAGUUUAAUCCAAAAAACACGAGCGGGAAGUUUGUGGUGGAGUUCAAGGUUGUCGAUCAAGAUCCUAAGUGGUUCUUCUGCGCUCAGACGGUCAAGCGGUCUCAUUGUCAAGCGGGCAUGGUCUUUAGUCUGAACCCCCAUGGAUCGCAUGCUCAAUUUCUUCACAAUGCUUUGGCAGGUAUUGAAGCCCAGCCAUCUAACGCAUGCGAACUACCGAGUGUAGACCUCACCCCCAGUCACACAAUUACACAUGUCGCUACUGCUAAAGAUCACGGAGACCAGCAAGCAAUCCAGAUAAAUGGAAAAGAGAUCAAAAUCAACAAUGGCAGUUCAAGCUAG